ACCACAGCAGUACUGGUGUCACACACUGGCACAGCAGCACCUAAGACUGUGUGUCCUACAUUCACGUUUGGCGCUAUGUGCUCUCAGACGUGUAACUGUUGGUCGAAUUCCGUCUCUUGUAAUAAUGUCAGUGGCCAGUGUAACUGUGCACCGAGCUACAAAGGAUUACAAUGUGAAGAAGGUACAGUACAUAUAUACACAAUGAUUGACCCAAAAUUUAGAUUUUCUGAACAUGUAUUGUAAUACAGUGUGUCCCGAGAGUUCGUUUGGUGAUGCGUGCGGUCAGGAGUGUACGUGUCAGAAUGGAGCCGAAUGUGAUCACGUGACUGGAAACUGUAGCUGUACACCUUGAUGGACGGGAAACAAUUGCGAUGAUGAGUGUCCAGAGGGAACGUUCGGCUCUGAUUGCUUGAUGGAGUGUUCUUGCUUAAAUGGUGCGACGUGUGACAGAGAGCAGAGAAUUUGUUCUUGUACUCCAGACUACACGGGUGCCAACUGUGAAACACAUACAACAUAUGACACUCUUCCAUCUCUAUCGUCAUCACCUCAAGUUGAAAAUCUCUGCUCAUCUUCGUUCUGUCUAAACGGUGGGUCAUGUGAAGUGCAACUUGGCUCACCCGUCUGCACUUGUACUAUCUUCUGGACUGGUGAUCAGUGCCAAAAUCCACGUCAUCCUGAGUGCCUUUCUGAACAAACAGAAGAAGAGAUAGUUAUCUGUUUUGAAAUAGCAGAAUCAAAGGCUAGGGAUACGGAGUCUUCUAACCAGCAGGUUUACAUUGCUGUUGGGGUAGUUAUUCUAAUUGUUAUUGCUCUCUUGAUUGUGGUCUUUGUCUACUAUCGCUACAAGUCAGCACUCUUGUUGUUGUUGUUGUUGUUGUUCAAGAGCUUGUAGUCAUUUUGUGUGUGUAUAGGAAGCGAAGUAAAGUGCAUGAUAGUGAAGAUGGUGACACUAAAGACAAAAAGGCGCGGUGUUUCAGAAUCCUGCAUACGAUGAAUUACCUGCUGAACAAAAGAAACCAGUAGCGGGGUAUGUGCAUGUACAUGGACGCGCGCGCGCGCGCGC